AUGUUCCUUGAACGAUACACGGCAGCCAACUCCAAGUUGGUCAGAUCAAUCAUGGUAUCGGACAUUAUCGACACAAUUCGAUCAGCCGGAGGCGGGUUCGUCAAGUUCGACGGCGGUAGAUGGUGGGAAAUGAGCGAUGCCGUGGCCCGGGAAAAAGUCGGUGCUUACAUUCGGGACUGCCUGCAUACCAAAUACACGUCCGCAGCCAAGUCCAAGAUGGCACGACGCCGAGCGCGGCAAAGAAUGCAAAAAGAGGAGCAGAGGAGGGGUAUAGAGGAGGGCAAACAUGAUUCUUGUUCAGACUCGCAACGGCGCAACCAGCAUCAGUCGAGUAGCUCACAUUGUGGGCAUGACACAAAAGACAACCGUGACGCGCACGACGACAGUGACAACAAAGCCGACUUGACGGACAUAUGCCCAUACGGAGGAGUUGUUGGAGUUUGA